AUGAGGUGUCACGCUAGCAGCGGCAUCAAAAGUGCAACGGAUACGUCGACUACCACGCACGAGAAGGGCGGAGUGGUGAUGCGUUCGCCCAUCCCCGACAGCAGUGCAGAUAGCGGCGGCUGCACACUUGGCAUCGACGAGCGUACCGGCCGCCUGCACUGGUGCCCAGGGUAUAGGUUCGUGAAGAUCCUGUUCGUUAUACCAGCGGCGAUGCUUCCGAUCGGUUUGCUGUUUCUGCUGUUAUCUCGGUUUCAGGUGGUUGGAUCAGCUAGACUCAGUAGCCAGCAGGCUGACCCGAGGACCAUCCUCGGUGGAUGCGGUGAGAUUGGAUACUUUACCGAGGAGCAGCUUGCGGCCAACCACCUGCCAGAGGAGAUCGAUUGGGCGGAACAGUCCGGGGAUGUUGAACGGCGCUGCCAGCCAAUACCCGAGAAAGGGCCCAGCGAAAGUAUCGAUACGGAAGAUCGAGGACUGCUGCGGGGCAUCGUGCGGACUUCCUUCAUACCUUCCGAGCGGCAUAUCCUGCCAGCGGAUUGCUUAACCGAGCCGCUUAAAAACCAUCCGCAACGAUCGCCGCCAGUUGACGAUGGGGCCGACGAGCGGCGGCGGGUACGAAGGUCACUUGCCUGGAUCAACGAUGACAGAAGCAGUCCGGCUAGUGUACGGGCCGCCCAGGUUCAGAUCAUGAAGCAGUAUAUGGAUCCGCAGGCGGAUCCGUGUGAUGACUUCUACCAGUUCGCUUGCGGCAACUGGGAUCGUGUUAAUCCGAUACCGAAAGACAAGGCGGCACUAGACACAUUCGAGCUGUUGCGCGAGAGUCUCGAUCUGGUGCUGAAAAACCUGCUGCUCGAGGGUGAACCGGCGGGCCUGCACGAGGUGGAAAAUGCACUGUCCACCGUGCGAUCACCACCGGUUACGAAAAAGGCUGCAACCACUACUACAGCAGCCACGGUUACUGUGGCGGGUACGACCGAUCUGCCGCAAGCCACGAUCACAUCCGCAGAAACAUUGCACCGCGUACGAAAGCGUGGCCGUGCCGAACGGAACCGUUCCCGGCGUGCUGUGCAAAACAAGCUUAUCAUACGCUCGGCGCAAGUAAAGCGCGUCCGCAAGCGUGAACUACUUAUCAACGAUGAUGCGGAAAUGAAGGCGCGUCAUCUGUUCGUGUCGUGCAUGAACUACGAGCUAAUUGAGCAGCGAGGGCUGGAACCGUUGCGCACACUGCUGCACAGUCUCGGCGGUUGGCCGGUGCUCGAACCGAACACCUGGGAUGAGACCAACUUCGAUUGGCUCAACCUCACGGCAGCACUGCGGCGAUACAACAACGACGUACUGAUCGUCGAGUGGGUCGGGCCGGAUAUUAAGAACUCGGACGAGAACAUCGUGCAGUUCGAUCAAACUUCGCUAGGACUGCCGACGCGUGACUACUACCUGCAGCCAGGCAAUCGCAAGUAUCUCGAAGCGUACCGACAGUUUAUGGUGGAGGUGAUUGGAUUGCUCGGUGUGCCGUCGGAACCGGCGCGGCAGGCUACGGACGAGAUGAUUGACUUCGAGACGCAGCUGGCCAACAUCACCAGCACACCGGAGGAGCGUAACAACGUGUCAACGCUGUACCGCAAACUGAUACUGGAGCAGCUGCACGACGAGGUGCCGGAAAUCGACUGGACGCGCUACCUAACGAUCGUCACCGAACGGCCAGUCAAUGGGUCCGACUUUGUCGUCAUGUUUGCGAUGGGCUAUAUGCGUGAGCUGGUCGAGCUGCUCAAUCAGACGGAGCCACGCAUCGUGGCCAACUAUCUGCUGUGGCGCUUCGUGCGGCACCGCAUCAACAACCUGGACGAUCGCUUUCUCGGUGCGAAGCAGCGCUUCUCGAACGCCCUGUUCGGCCGCGAGCGGAACCCACCGCGCUGGAAGAACUGCGUCACGCAGGUGAACGCCAACAUGGGCAUGGCGGUGGGUGCAAUGUUCGUCCGGCGCUACUUUGACGAGAACAGCAAGCGGGACACGCUCACGAUGACGCACGAGCUGCAGGAAGCGUUCCGCGAACUGCUCGACCGAACGAGCUGGAUCGAUGCGCCAACGCGGCGGCUAGCCGAGCAGAAGGUGAACGCAAUGUCCUUGCGCAUUGGCUAUCCGGACUUCAUACUCGACACAAGCCAGCUGAACGAACGGUACGCCACGCUGGCGAUCCACCCGGACCGAUACUUUGAGAACACGCUGAACGUGCUCAGCCACAUCAGGCGCACCGAUCAGGAGAAGCUCGGUCAGCCGGUGAAUAAAACAACCUGGCAUACGGCGCCGGCCGUUGUCAACGCGUACUACAGCCGAAACAAGAACCAGAUCAUGUUUCCGGCCGGCAUCCUGCAGCCACCAUUUUACCACCGCCAUCUGCCGAAGGCGAUCAACUACGGUGGCAUAGGGGUCGUCAUCGGGCACGAGCUGACGCACGGGUUCGACGACAAGGGCCGGUUGUUUGAUCGCGACGGCAAUCUGUACCGCUGGUGGAGCGAUCAAGCGAUCGAAGCGUUCCACGAGCGGGCUGCCUGUCUGGUGCAGCAGUACAGCCGGUACACGAUCGACGAGGUCGGCGUGCAGCUGGAUGGCGAAAAUACGCAGGGCGAAAAUAUUGCCGACAACGGUGGCAUCAAGCAGGCCUUCCUUGCCUACAACAAAUGGCUCGCGGCACAAACGGACCGGCGCGUGCUGGAGGCGGAAUCGCUACCCGGCCUUAACGUCACACGGACGCAGCUCUUUUUUCUUAACUUUGCACAGAUUUGGUGCGGUGCGAUGCGCCCGGAAGCGACCCGUAACAAACUCAAAACAGCGGUCCACAGUCCGGGACGGUUCCGGGUGAUAGGUACGCUGUCCAAUUCGGAGGAUUUUGCGCGCGAAUAUAACUGCCCGGUCGGCAGCUUCAUGAAUCCGGCCGACAAGUGUAGCGUUUGGUAG